AUAACACCAAACUGGAAGUUUCAUCAAACAGCAGCACUUCAGCUCCUUCUCUUUGACUCUCCUGGUGGACGUCAGCUCAGAGUUGCUCAUCAUGGCUUUGUGUGUUGUGAAGGUCUCCUGGAUGGUCUUCCUCUUCUUCAGCAUUGGAGCUUGUCUUCCUGCUAAACAAGGUCAAAGUGGAUCAGGAUCCAGAUCUGGGUCUGGCGUUGGAUCUGCUGGUUUUGGCUAUACCAGCACUGGUGGUUCCAGAUACUCCACUGGAUCCAGUGGUGGUUCUGGAUCAGAGGGGAACCUGUUUGAACAGCAGCUUGCCACCAUUGCUCGCUUCAUUGCAGAAAUCCUGAGCUUCGGGCCCAGCCGCCCUUUCCCUCGUGAAGCCUGGACCUCUGAGCAUGUUCCUGUUGGGUCUGUUGAGCAGCGUCCUCUGUACCCUUCAUCCCACGUGGUCAAGACAAGCAACGGCUACCAGCGAGCUCGGGACUUCAGUUCUGAUGCCAAAUACACCCAGGAUAUCUUUGACCACAUGGGUGUAGAUGGAGGCAAACAAGGUGGAUCCUCCAAGACUGGAUCUAAAGGACAGAAGGGCUACUGAAGGCUAAACCAGAUUUGAUUAGAAUUCAGAAGCCAACUUGCUUUAAUUUACAUCCUGUUUUAUUGUAGGUUGAGGAUGGAUUACCUCUACAAGCUAAUAAACCUUACACAAAA